AUGUUGCACGCGAUUUCUCAAGGCCCCGGGCACCUGGAGGCCUACGUCAAUAGUCGCAAGCUGUCGGCCAGCCCACGCGUGCAUGCCCUGCGAAGCGCAGUGAGCGCGGUGACCCAGCGCCAGUUUCCUGGCGGCCACGCCCAGGUGCAGCUGCAGGGCAGCACCUACAUGGCCGUGGCCCUGGAGGGGCUCAGCGACGCUGAUUUCUUUGUCCGCAUGGACGACACGAUCCCCGCCGUCACGCGGGCGCAGCGCGUCAAGUUCGUGUCUGAUCUGCAGUCGACGCUGCCUCGCUACGGCCUGGUGUACCCUCAGCCCCUUGAGCUUCGCGAGAGCCGCAUCCGCAGCGCCGCCGGCAUGUAUAUGGGGGCGCCCGCGCCGCCGUUUGACGUCCUGUUCGAACGGUUCGCGUCCCAGAAGCCCCGCCGGCAGCCUGCGCGCCGGCCGCUCGCCGGCGAGGUGCAGCUGGUGGUGUGCGCGCUGCGGCUGAUGCCGCUGCACUUCACCAACCUGGUGCAGCCGCAGUCUAGCGCGCUGAUCGACUGGGUCGAGGGCGAGUGGCGUCGGCUGCCAGCAGCGCGCUCCUCCGAGCACAGGAAGGCGUUUGGGCAGCUGCUCAAGUGGGCCCUGGACCUUCUGGCUGGUGCUGCGGGGAAGUUGCCGCCAAAAACGUUUGUGGUCGCGUUGCAGCGCAAGAACAAGCACUUUGGUGAUCAGCAACUGGCGGCGGCAGCUCGGGACUGGGGCCAUGCGGCCAGGUGA